CCACAGCCGGCCAUCUCUAGCUCUAGCAGCGUCUCCAUUUGCUGUGUGAACGACUGUAUGGCUUUGCAAGAGAAGUUCCGCGAGCACGGAGUGGUGCCUGAUGUCAUUGACGAACCUCCAGCCGAGCUUGCAAUUGUGAGAUGCGCGCCGUCAGUCUUGCAGCGACAGGGUUUUUUUGUUUUUCUCCUCACACAGGUCAAGUACGACUGUGGGGUCACCGUCGAGCCCGGGGCCAUCCUGACUCCGACCCAGGUCCAGAAUGCUCCAGUGGUGACAUGGCCAGCCGAAGACUCUGCCCUGUACACCCUCAUAAUGACAGAUCCAGAUGCUCCGAGUCGGAGCGACCCGAAGUGGGGCGAGUGGCGACAUUGGGUGGUGUUUAAUAUCCCCGGGGCAGACCUCGCUAAAGGGGAGGAGUGGUGGGCCUACGUCUGGCGCUGGUCCUCCAAAAGACACUGGACUGCAUCGCUACAUCUUCCUCAUCUACAAGCAGCCCAGCGGCAGGAUCACCCCCACGCUGCCUAAGCUGGGGCUGACUGGCAAAGGUCGCAACAACACGAAAGCCAAGGACAUGGUGGGCGAACACAAUCUCGGUAACCCGGUCGCUGGAAACCUCUUCCAGGCCCAGUGGGACGACUACGUACCCAAGCUCUAUGAAAAGCUGCAUUAGACUGAAAAGUGGAACAUUUUUGUGUGCAAUGCCGCAAUUUUUGUAUGGGCAAAAAAACUUUUGACUGCAUAUUAAGCCACAUAACGAACGGCACACAUUUUAAACACAUGAAA